AUGCAGCAGCCAGCGGCCAGGCACAGGAGCACAGCCAUUCCCUCCCUGUACCCACCCCUCGCUGUGGGCCCAUACUGCACACACCGUGUCAUUGAGGAUCCCGAGUGGUGCCUGGCCACUGUCCCCCACCUCACCGAGCUCUGCCUUCAGCACAUCGCCCACAAUUUUGAAAAGAACCCUAUUUUGGACCGUCUUCUGCCUGAGCACCGAAGGAAGGUGCUGGACAGGCUCUCCACUGGCCUCCCACUCGCUGUGACUGCCAACCUGAUAAGUGAUGAGAACUACUGGAAGAGGUGCUGCACUGGGCGCUGGCAAGCGUGUGACAUCUCCAACUAUGGAGAGAGCUGGAAACGGAUGUUCUUUGAGCGUCACCUGGAGAACAUCCUGAAAUGUUUCAUCCCAAACACCACAGACCCCAACCAGGUCCUAGAGCUCAUCCCACUCUGCAAAGACUAUGUGCGGAAACUGGAGGUCGAUCAGUUCCUGCCACCAGUGCAGGUGGAUCAAAAGGAGGAGAGCGAUGACCUCUCCGAUUCUGAGAGUGAUUUUGAAUUCGGCAAGGCCCCUGUGCACCACUACGACCUGGGAGCCCUCAUUACUGCUCUCCCUCACCUUGAAGAGCUUCAUCUCACUUACGGCGUGAAGGGCUGUGGCAUGAACUUUGAGUGGAACCUCUUCAACUUCACCCACCAGGACUGCUCCAACCUGGCUCUCGCCGUGAAGAAGUGCUACAACUUGAAAGUUCUCAAGCUGACGCGAAGCAAAGUGGAUGAUGACAAGACCAGGAUGCUGGUCCGUAACUUGCUGGACCACCCCUGCUUGGUGGAGCUGAACUUGUCCCACAAUCUCAUCGGGGACAAGGGGGCACAAGCUGUUGGCAAGUUGCUCAACCGCAGCAGAUUAGAAACCCUCAAUCUGUGUAACAACCAGAUCCGUCACCUGGGGGCUCAGGCUGUUGCUCAAGCCCUGGCUGAGAACUCCACCCUCACCUCCCUGAAUCUGCGCCUCAACCAGGUGGAGGACGAAGGCGGGAAGGCGCUCGGCCAUGCCCUGCUGACCAACACCACCCUGAAGUCCAUCCAUCUGGGAAGUAAUAACCUGUCCGAGCCAACCGCCACGAUUUUCUCCCAGGUCCUGGCUCUGAACACCACCCUGACGAGGAUCAACUUCUCAUGCAACCACCUGGGGCUGGACGGUGGGAAGCAGCUGCUCCACGGGCUGGCGGAGAACAAGGCUUUGACCGAAUUCGACCUGCGGCUGGCAGAGGUGGGCCAGGAGACCGAGUACCUCAUUCACCAAAUCGUGUGGGCCAACCGGGAAGCGGUGAGGCUGGGGUCUCUGCAGCACCCCCCCGCCGAACCCCGCUGA